AUGGAUCCCUCUCGCCACCCCACGCCACACACCCAGUCUGACAACACCACUCCCAACUCCCAUCCACCGGGAUCUACCAAUACUACCACUCCUGCCACAGCUGCUCCCGAAACACAAGAGUCCCAGAUACGGGAUCGGACCAACACGCUGACAGCUCCUUCUACCACUCCCUCCGUCACCCCUUCAAACUACUGGGUUUACCAAAUCCCCUCCCCUUCUGCCUCCUACGACGCCGACGAUGACUAUGGACUCGGUGCCGCAUUUGAGGACAACGCCGCGCCAGGAGAGGUUGAAGAGGAACCCACCGCGCAACCAACGGAGCCAAGUACCACCACUGCCGCUGCUUCUCGCCACUCAACUGCCAGAAACUCGCCACGCUGGACCGCUGAGGAGGAGUGCGAGGUGCUGGCCACGUUCAUCGUUCUCGACCCGCAGAUCCGCGCACGCACCGGGCAGCAGGGAAGGUCCUGGUACCCCUUAGUCCAGCGGGAUAUCCUUGAGCGCAACCCGACGUGGCGGCAUGACCAGGGGGCACUCAAGGCGAAGUUCAACCGCCUAAAGGCGGAGUGGCGUCGCAUCAACGACCGUAUAAGGCGAUCUGGGGAGGGACGCGUCACAAACCUGCCGCCUUGGUACCAUCUGGCCGAGCGCCUCUGGGCAAUGGCUGCCAUUCUCGCGGUCUCCGCCGGUGUUUCUUCCGCUGUCGCCUUCAGGCGCAGCUCUUUCGUCCAGACCGCCUCCCUGAAGUCCUCCUCGCUCUCUGUCCGCAGCGUCCGUUCUGUCCGCAUUGUCGCCAUGGCUCAGCCUGAAGCCAAGGAGGCUGAGGAGAAGAAGGCUGCGGAGGAGAAGGCCAAGGCAGAGGAGGCUGCUGCUGCUGCUGCUGAGAAGACUGAGGAGAAGAAGGAAGCAUACACGGACCCUCUUGACGCGUUCUGCGACGACAACCCCGCUGCUGACGAGUGCAGGAUUUAUGAGGAUUAA